UACCUCUCACUCUCCGAGUCAUCCCCCUAACCGAUCCCCAGGGAAGGUUGUCUCGACCACAACCACAGCCACGGAAAAUCGAGAUAAUCCAGGGCCAAAUCCACCAGAUUUUCCCUUCGCCUAACCGUCCCGUCCUUCUCCUCUCCUCAUAUUCAUUUCUCCCAACUCGGUAACUACCCCCUUCGGACAAGAUGGCGACCACCGUGGACAAGAUCAAGGACAUUGAGGCCGAAAUGGCCAAAACUCAAAAGAACAAAGCCACAUCGUUCCAUCUUGGUCAACUCAAGGCAAAAUUGGCCAAAUUGAAGAGAGAGCUGUUGACGCCCACGUCAUCCGGCGGAGGCGGUGGCAGUGGCUUCGAUGUUGCAAGGACCGGUGUCGCUUCGGUGGGGUUCAUUGGGUUCCCUUCCGUGGGCAAGUCCACCCUCAUGAGUCGCUUGACAGGCCAGCACUCCGAGGUCGCAGCCUACGAAUUUACUACGCUCACGACCGUGCCUGGUCAAGUCAUGUAUAACGGCGCCGCCAUUCAGAUGCUGGAUCUGCCCGGUAUCAUUCAGGGAGCCAAAGACGGCAAAGGUCGUGGUCGUCAAGUCAUUGCCGUUGCCAAAACGUGUCAUUUGAUAUUCAUCGUCCUUGACGUGAACAAGCCACUCACAGACAAACGUGUUAUCGAGAACGAGCUGGAGGGCUUUGGCAUUCGCAUCAACAAAGAGCCGCCGAAUAUCGUGUUUAAGAAGAAAGACAAGGGCGGCUUGAACAUCACCAGUACCGUCCCUCUCUCUCAUAUCGAUCAUGACGAGAUCAAAGCCGUCAUGAACGAAUACAAGAUAUCAUCGGCCGAUAUCGCCAUUCGAUGCGAUGCCACCAUUGACGAUCUGAUCGAUAUACUUGAGGCCAAAAGCAGAAGUUACAUACCAGUCAUAUAUGCCCUCAACAAAAUCGACGCUAUCUCUAUCGAGGAAUUGGACCUGCUUUAUCGUAUCCCCAAUGCUUGUCCAAUCAGCUCUGAACACGGUUGGAACAUUGAUGAACUGCUUGAGCAGAUGUGGGAAAAGCUGCAACUCAGACGUGUAUACACCAAGCCCAAAGGAAAGCAACCAGACUACAGCGCCCCCGUGGUCCUCAGAAGGAACGCAUCCACCGUGGAAGACUUCUGCAACCAAAUCCACAAGAGCAUCGUCGAACAAUUCAAAGGGGCCAUCGUUUAUGGUCGCUCUGUUAAGCAUCAACCGCAGAGGGUCGGCCUAUCCCACGAAUUGGCAGACGAAGACAUCGUCACCAUCAUCAAAAAGUGAUAGAUCCAACUGAUGCUCUGCACCUUUUGCGGACAAGGACACGGCAAUUCGCAAAGUCCAGAACCUAUCAUCGCCGUCGACUGCAUCGCUCGAAUCGAUUGAAGCACGCUCAAGGUUUCAAUCCGUUGCAUGCCGGACCCGUUUUCGGCUCAAUAAGGCUUAGAUGGCUGGACUUCCGCUGGUCCCCGCGCCCCUGCAGCCAACUUCCUAUCGGUCGCCCUAGCACUGAUCUGCACCAGGGGCUUUACAACAUUGAAAAAAGCAAGCAAGAAAAGACCGUGCACCGAGUGUUGAAAGCCCUUUUCACUCGAUUAUUCGGUUACUGGGCCUGUUGGGCUGAGUCAGGGUAUCCGGUGCAAGGCGCAUCUUUUUGUCUGGCGGCUAGGCGGUUCUACUUGUCGUGCCACCAGCCUGGACGGAA